UCGGCCCUCUUCUCGAUUUCAAAACAUUAACACAAUCAAUACUCGACGUCUAGUUUCCUUGGUCCAAUCGAUCUCCAGAGAGGCAAAGAAGAGGAGAAGGAGGAGGUCUUCGUUUCAGUUAGAAGGUAAGAAUGUCAGGAGUGUGGGUGUUCAGGAAUGGUGUGGCUCGACUGGUCUCCAACCCACACGUCGAGUCAAUCGAUGGGUCCGAGCUCGCUGCGACGAGGAAGGCGGUGCUGGUGCACAUACCGACGGGCGAGGUCAUCACCUCCUACGAGUCGCUGGAGAGGAAGCUGACGUCCAUCGGUUGGGAGCGCUACCACGAGGACCCCGAGAUGCUGCAGUUCCACAAGGCUCACUCCUCCAUUCACCUCAUCACCCUGCCCAGGGACUUCAGCAGGUUCAAGUCCGUCCACAUGUACGACAUCGUCGUCAAGAACCGCAGCUACUUUGUGGUGAAGGAGACGUGAGCUUCUAGCUACUUUGUCGGUUCCUGAUGAUCGAUCUUCUGUUAUAUGACUCUGUUGUAAAUCACUGCGAGUACUGCCCUGAUGUGCUGCUCUGUUUUCCCGGACACCCUUCCUUUUCCACAGUUUAUCAUGUUUCGCUGCUUGAGCGAACAGACAUGAAUUUGCAUGUUAAAAUUUA